GUAUGGAACAAUUCUUGAAGUUCGUACGUGUCGCUUGUCUCACUUUACGUGUUUAUUAUUUUUUGUUAUUUCUUAAUGAAAUAAGUUUAAUAACUAGUUGAUAGCCAAAAUGGAUGUGCCAGCGAAAGGAAAUAUAUUGGGGCGGGUAGUACCAGCACGGUACAUACUCGCGAUCCUCGGUUCUAUAGGCAUGGCGAUAGUGUACGGGUUGAAGGUGAACUUGUCAGUCGCCAUGGUGGGCAUGCUGAACCACACCGCUAUACACCAUGCUGUACAUAAUGUGAAGGACGAAGAUAACCUGACAGUCUCGACUGGAGAAAUAGAGUGCGCACCAACGGGAAAUAUGACUAAUGCUAAGGAGGCAGAUGGACCUUUUCUUUGGUCUUCUGAAGUGCAGGGCAUCAUUCUCAGCUGCUAUUUCUGGGGCUACUUUGUCUCGCAAAUUCCUGGUGGCCGUAUAGCGGAGUUGUUCUCAGCGAAAUGGGUAAUGUUCUUCAGCGUGACGAUCAACGUGGUGUGCACAUUGCUCACUCCCGUCAUGGCGGAGGCGCACUAUGUAGCUGUGGUCUUUAUGAGGGUGGGGGAAGGGAUUGGUGGGGGCGUGACAUUCCCCGCCAUGCACGUACUUCUGUCGAAGUGGGCGCCGCCCAGCGAGCGCAGUGUACUCGCGGCUCUAGUAUACGCAGGCACAUCACUGGGCACUGUCAUAUCCAUGUUAAUGGCGGGUGUACUUACUGCUACACUUGGCUGGGAAAGCGUGUUCUACGUGAUGGGCGGGCUGUCGUGCGCGUGGUGCGCGCUGUGGGUGUGGCUGGUGCGGGACUCGCCGCAGACACAGCCGCUCAUCAGUGUCGAGGAACGGGAGAUGAUCGUCACCGCACUGGGCGGAAAAAAAAAGAUGGCUGUACCAUGGAAAGCCGUGUUCACGUCAGGGCCGUUUUUAGCUAUCUUAGUGGCGCAUGCCUGCUCCAACUGGGGCUGGUACAUGUUGCUCAUAGAACUGCCCUUCUAUAUGAAACAAGUGCUCAAGUUCAACAUGACUGAGAAUGCAGUAACGACCGCUCUGCCGUUCCUGUCGCUGUGGUUCUUCAGUAUAGGUCUGAGCCGAGGUCUAGAUUGGUUGCGUAAUAAAGGAAAGAUUACUACCACCACUGCCAGGAAGAUUGGCACUUUGUUCGCGUCGGCGGUGCCGGCGGCGUGCCUGCUGGCGCUGUGCUACGUGCGGUGCGCGCGCGGCGCGGCGGUGGCGCUCACGGCGCUCGCGGUCACCGCCAUCGGGGGCAUGUUCUGCGGGUUCCUCUCCAACCACAUCGACAUCGCGCCCAACUUCGCUGGAACGCUGAUGGCUUUAACGAAUACUGUCGCCACCAUUCCCGGAAUUGUCGUACCUAUCUUCGUCGGUGUCUUGACUAAUGGCAAUCAAACAAUAUCAGCUUGGCGCGUCAUCUUCUUUGUAACGAUAGGUUUGUAUAUUAUCGAGAUUAUCGUUUACACGUUAUUCGGUUCAGGCGAAGAACAGCCUUGGAAUAAAGUACCGGAAGCAAACGAAAAAUCUGAAGAGACGCCUUUGAAAACUAAAGAAGAAGCUUUAAAUAAAUCUUUAUAAA